AUGAACUCAGUGAAGCGGUACUUCUUGAACUUGCAUAUCUGGAUUAUUAUUUAUGACAAUUUUUUGGGAGUUCUCACGAUUCCUUAUGUUAUUCUACCGACAUGGUCUGGGUAUACACUCGGUCUACUCCGUCAUCUGGAAGUUUCAGAUAUAACGAUGAAUGUGUUGAUUGUAUUGGCAUGUACUAACACCCUUCUAUCUAUUCUAGCGAUAUUCGAACAUAGAUUCCACAUUGUUUGUACCUAUUCAUGGAAGUCCAAGUGGGAACGUUAUAGACAUUUCUGGCUGGGAACACAUUAUAUGUACGCAGUUCUUGUUUUUAUCCCGUUUUGGUUUUUAGUUCCAGAACAGAUUGAGGCAAAGAAGCAUGUGUUUGAGAAAAUUCCUUGCCUUCCGCCCUCCGUCCGCUCCGGACCUAUAUUCGUCGUCACUGAAGAUUUCACCUAUCAUCUCACCUCUCUCGUUGUAUUCUUACUAAUUGGAAUGAUUGAAUUCUUCGGAUUCAUGUUGUGUUUAGUCUGGAACAUUCUCCAACGUGUCCGUUCCAAGAGAAUGUCCCAGAAAACUUAUGAAGUUCACGUCAAAUUCUUCAUUGCCCUACUCAUCCAAACUGGUAUUCCGACAGUCAUGUUGCUGAUCCCUCUGACUUAUGCUUGGGUCUCUAUACUUUAUAAUUAUUACGAUCAGUCUUUUACAAAUGGAGUCAUCAUAUUCGAAACUCUACACGGAUUAUGCUCUACACUAGUCAUGAUAUUCAUCCAUGCUCCUUAUCGUCAAGCCCUCUUCGCAAUGGUUUUCAGAUGCUACAUGAGAUCUGAUGAGUAUCGCCCCCAAAGUUCGAGUUCAGUGGCACCGACACCAAAUAACCCAAAUGCACCGGAUAAGCCUCAACCGUGA